CCAUCAUCCAAGCGUGGAUAUGUGCACUGCGGGCACCAGCUGCAGCUGCUGAACGAAUUGGCAAUCGCUUUCACUAGCUACCUGGCUAACAAGUUACCUGGCUACGGUGACGAUGGACGGAGCACCAUUGUCGCUGACAUUCACCAGCCUUGCGCUGUUGCUGCUGCUGCUGGUGAUGUGCGUGUUGCUGGGCUGCCAUUGCUUGGGUCCUCGCGCCGCCAGCUGGAUGCGAAUGCGCUCCAGCAAGGAGGAGAAGAUCGGGCUCUCCAAUCACAAGCACAAGCUCUUCCAUCCAAAUGGAUAUAUGGCAAGCAUCCAGUCCGGCUCGGAGUUUUUGCUGAGCACUAGCGGCAGCUUCAAGCGCUUCGAUACCAUUGACAAGGACGAUCACAACCGGUCGCAGCAGCAGCUGCAGCAGCUUCAACUGCAGCAGCAGCAGCAGCAGCAACAACAAUUGCUGCUGAGCAAUGCAGUAGACUCGACGACGCCCUUGUGGAAUCUGCCGCAGGCGGAUGUCUGCAUUCCGCCACAGCCGUUGCGUCCGGCGCCUGCUCCCAACAGUGCCGGACCCAGUACCAAGACCGUCACCUUUUCGUUCAGUCAGCUCAAUGAGGCAGCGGAGGCACGCUCCAAUCCGCAGCGCUCGCCUUUGCGUGCAGCGGCCGCAGCACUGCCACAGCCGCUGGAGGCGCCUCCAGCGCCGAGACUAACGACUUCUGCAUCCGUGACGCUCUCUGCGACGGCUAUACCGCGACCCAUAGCCAAGCGACAGAUCUCACUGCAGCAGGGCAUUAAUCGCACCACGGAGGCAACGCAGGCUCCUACUCCCAUGGAACCCAAGGUGGAGCGUCGUCCACCUGCGUUAAAGCGUCGCAACUCCAGCACAAAUCCCUUCCUAUGCGAGUCCACAGAGCAACUUCCUCCGAGUCAGCCAGAUCUUCAGCCCCAGCCCGAGUCGAAGCCUGCGCCUGAGCUUCAGGCUCAGCCCAAAAUCGAGUCAACGCCGCCUCCUUGCCCCAACGGCAAUCCGUUUGUGCACGAGGGUCAGAGCCUUUCCAGCCGCCUCCUGAAGCUGCACAACACCAACAAUCCAUUCGCGAGUCUAACGCAGCGGGUGAAGGGACCACACCUGCUGCAGAAGACCAUCUCUGAGGAUUAUCUAUUUCGCAAGCUGCCCAAUGGCCACGGCCUAAACCUCAGCAAUGGCUUGAGCAAUGGAUUGGCCAAUGGACUGAGCAAUGGUAAUGGCAAUGGCAAUGGCAAUGGCAACUCCACCUGGUGCUUUGGCCGUUCGCUACUGCGACAGGAGUCGAGCAUUAGCCUGGGUCUGGGCAGGCGCAACAGCUCGCAGGUGUCGCUGGAUGGAUCCAUGGAUGGCAUGCAACUGGAGCACGCCAUCUCCUGUGAUUCGGUCAAUUCGGAUGCAUCUUCCCUAUGUCUGGAUCAGCUCGAUCAGCCCUACACACAAAUCACGGGCUAUCUCUGCGUCGGCCUUCAAUACGAAAAACACAGCGAGGAGCAGUUAGAGCUGACGGUCAGCGUGCUGGAGGCCAAAGGACUUAUCUGUCCGCUUAGCAUGGGACUGGACUCGCUGGACACAUUUGUGCGCAUCUAUCUGGUGCCCGAUCAUGCGGGUGGCAUGCAGACCAAGGUGGUGAAAUCAACGUUGACACCCGCAUACAAUGAGAGCUUCAACUUUCGACUGAAGCGACAGGCGGGCAGGCAUUCGCUCUGGUUCCACUUGUAUCACAAUGGGCCCGCCCACACGCUGAUCGGGGAGGCGGAGAUGGAGAUCGGCGAGAUGGCCAAGCCGAUCACCACUUGGAUACCACUCUCCGAUUCACGUAAAUGCAAUGCUCGCUGGGGAGAGCUAAUGUUCUCGCUGAGCUAUCUGCCCACAGCGGAGCGCCUGACUAUAGUCGUGGUCAAGGCGCGGAAUCUCAAACUGGAGCUGGACAACGGAGCAACGGAGCCGACGGCACUGCAGAACAUCUUCGUGAAGGUCUAUCUGAUGAACAACGACAAGAAGGUGCUGAAGAAGCGCACCUCGCUGAAGCGCAAGGAUCGCUGUCCCAUCUUCAACGAAUCGAUGAUCUUCAGUGUGCCGCCCCAGGGUCUGACCACAGUUCAGUUGCGUCUCACCGUCUUCGGUGUCACCGACGGUGGGGCGAUCGUGCCUCUGGGUCAUGUCAUUGCCGGCAGCUGUGCGGUGGGCAAGGGCUUGCGCCAUUGGCAUCAGAUGCUCUCAUCCCUGCGCAAGCCCGUGGCCAUGUGGCAUGUGCUACGGCGUGCCGCCAAUCAGCCCAUCUUCAUUGGCGGCGCUGAGGCUGUGGUGGCAGCCAUGCAGAGCACGCUUCAAAGGGCGACCGCCAAGCGCAAUAGCAUCGUCUAGACGAGCAGGAUCAAGACAAGUGUUGAGGAUGAGGAGGGCGAGACAGCAGGCGAGGAGGCGACAAAAUUACCAGAGAAAUGGAAAGAGAAGGCGGGAAAGAAAACGAU